AUGGAUUCUGUAAAGAGUGUUUGUCUCACACCGAUCGCCUUCAAUCCAAACUCCAAUCAGAAAUGGCAUCUCGCAUGUCUUCUCAGCUCUCCACUCCUCCAUUUCGCUGGGGCCCUGGUGGAAUUCAGGUUGUAUUACAUGAGAGUAGAGGAAGGGAAACAAUAUCCAGUACUCUGUAGGAGAUUAGCUAGCCUAAACGAAGAGUUCAUUUCACAUAAAAGUCCAACAGGUGGGUUCGAUUUCAUCUCCGGGAAGAGGAUUGAACAAAAACUCAUCGAUUACAAUCAAGAAGUAGAAAGAUUUGGGGGUUAUGCAUAUGAAGAGGUAUCAGAAGUCUCACCUGAUCAUCGAUUCAUUGCAUACACCAUGUAUGAUAAAGACAACGAUUUCUUCAAAUUAUGUGUUAGAGAUUUGAAUUUAGGUUCUCUCUGUAGUAAGCCACAAGCUGAUUGGGUCUGUAAUGUGGCAUGGGCUAAAGGGGGUCAAGCAUUGCUAUAUGUUGUCACUGAUCAAAAAAAGAAGCCCUACAGGAUAUAUUGUAGCAUGCUUGGAUCAAAGGAUGAAGAUGUGAUACUCUUAGAAGAACCUGAAGAAAAUGUGCAUUUUAACAUCAGACAUACAAAGGAUUUUAAGUUUGUGACUGUUUAUGUGUUUUCAACCACAUAUUCAAAGGUUUUUCUGAUCAAUGCAACUGAUCCUCUAUCUGGUUUAACAUUCGUGUGGGAAUGUGAAGCUUGUGCACAUUGCAUUAUCGAGUACUUUCAUAGCAAUGAUAAUCAUGUGAUUGCUGGUGCAUUGUUAGGAGUUGGGGUUGUAAACUGUGGUAUCAAGAAUGAUUGUGACCCUGUGUUGGCACUUUUUGCUGAUUACAAUCCUAAUCCCAAUGACGAUUUUACCUAA